UAGCUACACAUACACAUACGCAAGCCCGAAGCCAGACCGCGAGGCCACCACUACUCGCGCGGACAGCACACUGCACACGCACGCAGGCCACCGCCACGAGCACGGCGAGGAUGGCCGCGGCCGGGGCCGGAGGAGAGGACGGGCAGCUGAAGGUGCUGGGUGCGUGGCCGAGCCCGUUCGUGAACCGCGUGCGCAUGGCGCUGCACCUCAAGGGCCUGGAGUACGAGAACGUGGAGGAGGACCUCGCCGACAAGAGCGAGCUGCUCCUCGCCUCCAACCCCGUCCACAAGAAGGUCCCGGUCCUCCUCCACGGCGGCAAGCCGGUGUGCGAGUCCCUCCUCAUCUUGGAGUACCUCGACGACGCCUUCCCCGGCGCCGGCCCGGCCGUCCUCCCCGCCGACCCCUACGACCGCGCCGUCGCCCGCUUCUGGGCCGCCUACGUCGACGGCAAGUUGCACGGCGCGAUGGUUGCGGCGCUGCUGGGGGCAACGGAGGAGGCGAGGGCGGCGGCGACGGCGGACGCGUUUGCGGCGCUGGACGCGCUGGAGGGCGCGUUGGCGGAGCGCUCCGGCGGGAAGGGAUUCUUCGCCGGCGACGCGCCCGGGUACCUGGACGUCGCGCUGGGGGGAUUCAUCGGCUGGCUGCGCGCGUGGGACAGGAUCGCCGGCGGCAUCAAGCUCCUGGACGCCGGCCGGGUCCCGCUCCUCGACGCGUGGGCGGAACGCUUUGCCGCGCUCGACGCCGCCAAGGGGGUCAUCCCGGACCCGGAGCCCAUCGCCGAGUUCGCCAAGGUGCUGCAGGCACGGUCCGCGGCUGCUGCUGCGAGCAGUUGAUACCCACGAGUGAUCGUGAACGCGGUUGCAGCUGCACCACAUAUUAAAGAUUGAGUAAUCUGUUCGUGUACCCACCGUGUUUCUUUUUCUAAAUAAUACUUCUCAUUGCCCCUUUCAAACCGUA